CGUUCGUUUUUAAUUUUUAAAAUAAAAUAAAUCAAUAGUUUUAUAAAAUAUUAUUUAUUUUACAAACUACGGCUGUAUUGUUACUUUAUUUUGAGGGGGGGAGAGAGGGCUACAAAUGCUGGUAUCCAGUCUGGGGUAACGAUUGCAUAGGAAGUACUGUAAAUGCAAUGGCAGAAGCCAUCUUCCACCCACCGAAACGAAGGCCGAAAGUGUACGAAUCCUAUAUAGCGCCUUUCCCUGUGCCCACAUCCCAAGAAGAAGCGGGACUAACCGAGCUCAGGGUUUACAGAGCUGAGAUUAUAAACCAGCAUGUUAUUGUGAGGGAUCCAGAAGAAAUACAAGCUUUGUAUGGAAGGGGCUAUUUUGGGAAAGGUAUCUUGUCAAGAAGCAGACCUGAAUAUAGAAUUUCAAACAAAUGGAGCGAUGUCAAUUUUAUGCGCAUGCCUGUAAUUUCUUCUGCCAAGUACCAGCUUCAUUUGGGCUGGGCUAGAGGUGUUCUGCAAGGACAGGGGCUAGAUGAAGACUCAAUAGAAAAGACCCUUGAAAAAUACAUAGACCCGGUGGAGUUGGAGUCUGCUGACCGCACCUCCAAUAAUGAGCAAACGGACUGCUCUGCUGCAGCAGGCAGAGGGCAGGCAGAGGGAUCCACUCACCAUAGUGACGGAGCUCUGGAACCGUCUCAUUCUGAAGUCCAGUCUGGGAGUCCAGAGAGGAAGAAGCCUCGGAGACAGGGGGAUCUGCAGUACGAUCCUCUGGCUGACAUUUAUCCAGAGGAGCCAGCAGUGCUCGACAGAGAGGCCCUGUCUACUGUGAAGUGUCAUAAGCAUGACGACUUGAUUAUGCACUGUGGGUGCAGGUUGAAGGACAGCGUCAUAGACGACAUGCUCAGCAAUGCGACGGCACCUCCAACGCCGUCCUUCAUCCCUGGUCAUGAGUACGUGCUAGUGGAGGAGGAUGAGGAGAAUUCCUGUGACAGUUCGGGGAAAACACCAAGAUUGGUCUGCAGAAUCAACCCAUUUCGAAUUAUUGAAUACCUGCAGCUGAGUUUAGAAGAGGCCUUUUUCUUGACGUAUGCCUUGGGAUGCUUAUCCAUUUAUUACAAUGAGGAGCCUUUGUCCAUUGUUAAGCUUUGGCAAGCUUUCAGUGUAAUUCAGCCUAGUUUUAAAACAAUCUACAUGGCCUACCACCACUUCAGGAGCAAAGGAUGGGUGCCAAAAGUGGGACUGAAAUAUGGAACAGACCUCUUGCUGUAUCGAAAAGGACCUCCAUUUUACCAUGCAAGCUAUUCAGUUGUGGUGGAGAUGGUUGACGAUACUUUCCAAGGAAAACCACUCAGACCGUUCAGCUGGAGGUCCCUUGCUGCUCUCAACAGAAUCACAGUUAACGUUUCCAAGGAGCUGAUGUUUUGCUAUGUGGUUAGACCAUCAGAUAUGAGAGAGGAGGAAAUGUCUUCACCAGAAUGUAUGAACAGGAUCAAAGUUCAGGAGCUUAUUGUGAGUCGCUGGAUAUCUUCACGAGAACGUACAGAACAAGAGGAGAUGUAAAACAUUGCAGAGUGGUGGUGGUGGUUGUUGAAUUAGGGUUACAAAACACCCUGCAAAGUAUACUAGAAACACAUUAUGCUACCUUUGCUGUGUCCCGUGUUGUCUGUAUCGCAAGGUUAUAUUAUUGGACUUACUACCAACUCUUUCAAAACUUUUUAUCAACUGGGCAAAACAUUAUCAACAUUUACUCGGGAACGUUCAACAGGAGAAAACAAAAAUCUUCCAAUGUACCCAAACCACACCCUCCUGCAGUAAUGAUGGGUUUCAGUUCCCACAGUACGCCACUCAUUCCAAAAGCAGAGGUCUAGUAGAUUUACCUGUGAUGAGUAAAUUCAAAAUUAUCAGAACUAUCCAUGUUAUGUUGGAAAAAUGGGAUACAGCAAAGAUAAUGUGUGUUGUACACACUCCUUAUUUUAAGUUUCAGGUAUCUGAGUUUGCAUCAUUUUGGUUUCUAAUAAGUACUUCAAAGCGUAUUUUGAUUAAUAGCAAAAUAAUUGUUAUCUGCUUGCAAAGAUUGACUAGCAUAAACUGUGACAUGUAUUCAAAUUUAAUACAGUGAUACUCUUGAAACCACA